AUGAGCGUGGUGGACUCUCCCUCAUUCCAUCUCAAUCUCUUUCCUGAAAAUGUGUCGGAUGAACUUUCGGUACUCAAUUCCCCUGCUUUCAAUAGUUGGGUGGUUCUGCCUGGCACAGAACUGACUACUGAUUAUACGUCGCCGGUGCCAAAUUUGUCAUUUUCUCCCUAUGAUAAGACACUCAAGACGGAAAGACAGCAGCUACAUUAUCUCAUGGAGGAGCUUGUCGUUUCCGAGGAAAACUAUGUUACAAACUUGAAAGUUCUUGGAAACUACUAUUUGGAUACAUUUAAAAUCAGGCAGCUAUGUCGUCCUUACCCAAUUGUAGAACUACAGGCAACAGUUAAAUCACUCAUUGACUCACACAGCAUGCUUGCAAAACAUUUAAGGAAUUGUUUCUCCAGCACCUCUGGUAAUGGAGAAGAAAGGCUUGUCAAGAUGUCGCAUAUGGUUUGUUCAUAUGGAAUUGAGACAGCCUGGUAUAGUAAGUAUAUUGAAUUGUUUCACUAUAUUCGUGACUUACUCGAGGCAAACCCAUUGUGGUUCAGAAGCUGGGAGUCGUAUCUUCGUUUGAUACAACACAAACGAUCAGAUCUAUCUUUCAUGUCUGUCAUGCAAAAACCGUUGGCACGCAUUGCUCGGUACAAACUAUACAUCGAGGCAUUUAUAUGCAACACAACAAAAAAGAGGGAAGACUUGAAGCGAGCUUACGAACGAUGUUUGAAAUUACUACAAAUUGUCAAUGAAAUCUCCAUAUCAAGUGAGGAGUAUAGCAAGGCAAGAAUGCUCAACAAUAUCUGUGAUUUCCUGUCCAUUUCCCGUUCCAUAAAAGUAUGUCUGCAAUUUUUCGGCACAUGCUUGUUUGCCGAUAGCUCACAAGUAAUAUGGAAGUCCCAAAAGAAGUUUAUCAACCGAGUUUAUGGGGUCUUUCUUUAUAAACAUCAUCUUGUUUUAAGUGAAGUUGGACAUAUGUGGUCCAGAAAGAUGAAAGUGCGAUUUGUGAUUCCUUUGAAAGGAUCAAAAUUUUAUCCUAGCCCGGUGGAUACGAGUGGAGGCAUCUUCAGCAAGUAUGAAUUUUCCAGCAAACUAGAUUUCACAGAUAAAGAACGCCGGUAUGAGAUCUUGUUCGUGGCUGCAAAUUGCUGGGAACAUGCGACUUGGUGUCAGCAUUUUACCACCCAGGACCAUGAGGAUGGCUCCUCUUCUAUGUUCAAAGUACCGCCACAGAUUACACCAGUAGAUGUGACCACUAAGCUGUUGGCUGAAGAGGAUCGAACCAAUUGCUAUUUCAAUGAACUCAUAAUUGUGGAUAAUUGCAAAAAUCGAAAAAAUGUCGAAACCGAUGUCCAAUAUUGGUUUCUGCUUCUACCCACGAAAGACGUUGACUAUUUUAUACGAAAGGUGGAAAAAAGCAACUCAAGGACAAAGAACCAUCAAAGCUAG